AUGGCAUCCCCCAAUCUCCUCCCCUCAGCAUACAGCGACAGAUAUCGACAGCAAUCCCGACCAAUGUCACGAUCUACGGUUGCUCGUUCGGGCUCAAGACGGGUAUCUCCAGCAACACAAGGUAUCCCGAAACAUUACUCUGCAGGCGACAGCUCCGAUGAAGAGGUCCCGGAGCCCAAAUUCAGUGCAUCUGUCAAGGCAUUAUUACAUGGCGACGGAUUAAGCUCUUCGCCGCAUAUGCACAAGCCUCAACCCGCGGACCAGGAACGAAUAACGGCUUCGAGACACAGCCGGUCGCCUCGCAAUGCGUCUCCCCAUGACUCAUCCAACGGGAGCCCGGCACCCAGAGUUGUUCGCAUUGGCGCUAUUUCAUCCGGUGCCAGAUUCUCACGCGAAAGCUCUCCGCUCUCCAACAGCCAGAGCGCGGAACCCGAGCACCACGUUCCGCACAAUGAUUUUAUCACCCCUGCACCACGGCAACGCAGUGUUCGAAUCAAUGUUUCUCGCAGUAACUCAAAUUCUCCUGCUUCCGCCUCACCCUCCGGGAGACGUUCAGCAGAGCGCAACUCAGGCGAUGAGUAUGGUAGUGCUGAGCGCUCUGACAGUGAUCGAAAGCUACAUUAUGACGAUGAUCCAGCAUCCCGUCAUGUCCCUUCGUCGGCUCUUCGCGGGCGUGGCGGGGAGGAAAUCGCACCUCACAGCUCACUACGCGUCAAAAGGGUUGGUCGACUUGCUGGAAGUUUCCUCAAUGGUCCCGCUCGGAGGGGUGUAUUGAGAAGGCAGAGUGAAGAAAGUAAUGAGGAAAAUAAUCAGUACCUUUCGGCGGAUGGUGUCCGUGAAGAUGUUGAAGCAGAGGAGGAGAAUGCCGAAUAUCAGCAUCGCAACCCAGUCAAGCCCUCAUCACCAAAGGUAUCGUGGGUAGACCCAAGCCCACCUAUCUCGCGGGACUCACACCGCGCCGAAUAUCCACUUCGCCCAGCUGAAGUGGAGGGACCAUUCUCAAGGUCAUCCUCACCGAAAUCGUAUGGAUCAAAGUCAACACCUGGCUCUUCUGAAGUGUCAUCCAAGUCCUCUGUGGCAAAAGAGCAGCCUGUCUUCAAGGUUCCCUCGAUACCAAAUUUACCAUCAGCCCGCGACCAGGAAAAUGAGCCACCAUCAACCUUCCGACGUACCAAGCCUCAGGGUCUGAGUGUAAUGGAUAAGCCGGAUAAAUACAACGUCGUUUAUGACACCGAAAAAAGAGACGCCGUCGAGACUCCAGCUGGAAGUUCGGCACGAAAAAUACUCGCUGCAAAGAGCAACAACACACCUCACAGAGCAGCACCACCUCCUCCCAAAAUGUCUGUUCUUGAAACCGCCACAUCGACAGCAGGCGUCUCAACAUCACAGUCUCGAAAGAAGAAGUCACAAGUGUCGAUCAAUGGGAAGCAUUUCACACGCCUCGAUUGUAUUGGUCGAGGUGGUAGUUCUCGUGUCUAUCGAGUGAUGGCUGAAAAUUAUAAGAUCUUCGCUCUGAAGCGAGUGAACCUGGAAGAUGUCGAUCCACUGACACUGACCGGAUACAAGGGCGAAAUCGAUCUAUUGAAGAAGCUGGAGAAUGUUGAUCGUGUGGUGCGGUUGUUUGAUUGGGAACUGAACAACGACAAACAUGUUCUCAGCGUGCUCAUGGAGAUCGGAGAGUCUGACCUUGAGAAGAUCCUCACAUUCCGUCUGAAUGCUGAAGAUGCUACUUUCGACAUCAACUUCACUCGUUUCUAUUGGAAGGAGAUGCUCGAGUGUGUCCAGGCCGUCCAUCAAUAUAACAUUGUUCAUUCCGACCUCAAGCCAGCCAACUUCCUGAUGGUGCAAGGUCGGCUGAAGCUCAUCGACUUCGGCAUCGCGAAUGCGAUCCAAGACAACACUGUGAACGUUCACCGCGAACAACAAGUCGGCACUCCUAACUACAUGUCGCCCGAGGCUCUGGUAGACUCCAACGUCUCUCUCGGUCUGCCAGCCAGUGUUGGGAAAGUUAUGAAGCUAGGAAAACCCAGCGAUGUCUGGAGCUUGGGCUGCAUACUGUACAAAAUGGUAUACGGGCAACCCCCUUUUGCCAAGAUCGCCAAAUAUUAUGAGCGCAUAAUGGCUAUUCCUAACCCACGUGUCCAAAUUGAUUUCCCCGCCUUCGGCGUCGGUGGUGUCCCUGUGCCCCCUGGCCUCGUCCGAACCCUGAAGCGUUGUCUGCAACGUGAUCAGACCCUCCGGCCAACCAUCGAGGAGAUGCUUGGCCCUCGUGACCCCUUCUUACACCCUGAUGCUCAACUUGAGGGCGCUGUUCCAGUCACUCAGGAUAUGCUUGGUCGUAUUUUGGCCAAUGUUGUCAAUCACUGCAAGGCCCGUGGUGUCCCCAGAGAAGAGGAGCUCGCCGCAUGGCCCGCAGGCUUCUUUGCAAAAAUCAAAGCAGCCCUCGAAGAAGAAAACGCAUGA